AUGAUAUUAGCAAUCCAUAAAAGCAUUUUAAUAUAUCUGGUUUUUCUUUUCAGCCAUAUUAACUUCUUAAAAGGAUAAGCUGUUACAUUCACUAGUUAAUCUCCAGUUGUUUUAAAUACAGGUCCUGCUACUUUAUAAUGUACUCUAACAUCUUAAUUUGCCAACAGUUAGUCUCCAUUUAAAGCUAUAUUCUAUUGGGUAUAUUCAUAGUAUGCAUUCACUAUAGCUGAAUAAAUUUAUUUUUCAAACAAUCUUGUGGUUAUUUCAUAAAAAACUUAAUCUCCUUUGAGUGCCUCUUACUUCUUAGGAAGAAUUGAAAUAAGUUUUUCAAGCUAAGAUAUUGACCUCACCAGUGGUGUUUAUUCUGUUACAUUUAGGUUCACUAACUUUAAGAACCCGUUUUCAACUAGAGUAUUCGGUGGCUUUUAGCUCUACCUGAUAAGUGCAAAUGGUUAACAAUUAUAAAAUACAAAUAUAAGCCUAUCGGCGUUAACAUAAGAAAUAACAAGGAGCACAGCAGUCUAAGUAGUUGGAAAUUGUUAAAUUAAUAGCAAUUGUAAUUUACUUCUUUAAUUUACAACAACAGUUUCAAUCGAUAAAUAAAUUUGUGCAAUUAUUGUGAAUAUUGGGUAAGGAAAAAGCUAUUAAUUAACUUAAAUUAACAACUAAGAUGGUGCUUUAGUCUAAUUAAGUGAUGGUGUUUACCUUUUACCUAAUAUAUUUAAAAAUUUUCCAACAGAUUACUAAUCAUCUAAGCAGCUUAGUUUUAAUUUAGUAAUGUCAGGAUUCACAUAUGCUUAGACAGUUUAAUUUACUGCUACUAUUGUAGAAAAUGCUUUAAAUUAUCCAAAAAUGGAGACUAUUCCUUUUACUUUAGUUGUACAACCUCUGCAAAUUCAAUCUAGUGCUUCUAUAUCUAUACCAAAUACCAGCUCCAAACUUGUAGGUGAGAACAGCAUUUAUUUAAUAGAUUUUACUCUCUCUUUGGGAUUUUAGAAGGAUUAUACCCUUAUUGUUGGUUUUGACUCAAGUUUAAUUUCCAUAAACGAUUUAACAGCAACUAAUGUUUAUGACAUAGGUGGAGUUUCAAAUGUUUUAAUAGCUACAACUCCAGUUUUAGAUAAUUCUAAUUCUAUUAUUAAACUUACUUAAAGCAAUUAUGAUUAAACUGCAAGCUAUCCAAAAAAAUAACUUAGAAUACAGAUUAGUGUGAAAAAUCCAUUAUCAACAUAAAGUUAGCUUCACUUCAGCAUUUCUACAGCAUUUACAUCUAAUACUUAAUAAGUUUUAGAAAGAUUAGAUGCCUCUCUUAACAUCGUUCUUUAGCCAAAUGUAUUAAGUUCCUUAACAAUCACACCAUAAAAUCUAAUAGUAGGAUAACUCUCAGUUUAUGAUAUUAAAUUUACUGUUAAAACUUAAAUUCCUUAAGGAGGUAUGAUUAAAAUUUAUUUUCCUCCUGACACUAGUUUUCCAUUUUACAAAGCUGGAGGUACAUAAGCAGGAUCUCUAAAUACUGUCCAGCCUGUUACUGGUAAUAUUUCUCCUCAAGCAACUAUCAGUCUAGAUUCUUUUCCUUGCAAUCCAACUAAUGGAUGUAUUGCUUCUAUUAAUAAUGCGAUUUUGACUACUAUUACAGGUGGUUCUGUUGUAGAAUUUACAUUAAAUUUUAUUAGAAACUUAUUUUCAACAAAACCUGCAUUCAUAAAUGUAGCAACAUUUGACCAAAAUAAUUUGCAAAUAGAUUCUAGAUAAACUUAAUUUUAAAUGCAAACACCAAAUAAAUUUAAUUUUGUAUAAAUUAAAUAAUAAACAAGUAUUGUGGGCUAGUCAUCUUACUAUGACUUCAAUAUACAGUUCAAUACAACUCAUUAUAAUGGAUAUAUACUAUUUAUAACAUAUCCUUAAUAAAUUUAGCCUAAUAUUCAGAAUGUAAAUGGUUUAACAUGUACAGGUUUAGAGGGAUUAAUUUAGGAUUUGGGUGUUCCUGACCAAAGCUGUGUGGUUACAAAUGUUAAUGGAGUCAAUAAAAUCUAGAUAAUUUUAUAGUUUUUAGAUGCAAAUAACCCCUCAAGAAGUAUUAAAAUUAGAGUAAGUUCAUUCACUAACUAUUUCCUAGCAAACUAAAAUUUUUAAUUUGGGUUGGAAACAGUUAUAAAAGAAAGUGCAGGAAACAAUUAAUUUAAUAUAUUUUAUGUCGAAAGCCUAUUCAAUGAUCCAACCUUAUAAGUAACUAUGACUACAAAUGUAUUUUAAUCCUUACUUGUAAGUACAUCACCUGGCAUUAUGAAUUAAAAUAAUGAUAUUACUGUUAACAUAACCCCAAACACAGUUCCAUAAUCAAAUAGUUUGACAUUUUACAUCAAAUUUUAACUUUCUCCUUUGUUAAAUGUGAACUCAAAUUAAUGUGCUAAUUAUUUUAUUCCUCCUUCUAACACUGUAGCAAGUUCCUGCUCUUUUUCUAGCAAUACAUUCUCAAUUGCUUUCUCAAUUUUAGGAACUGGCAAUAUGAAAUUUGUACUCAAAUAGGUUAACUAUCCUUUUAAUACAAAUACAUAAGCAUUUAUUACAGUUACCACUUACUCAACUGAUUUAAACAAUAAUAUAUAUCCGAUGGAUUAUUAAGUAGCUGUUGUACCUUUAAGUUGUCAAGGAUUGUGCUAAACAUGUAUCUCUGCUUAAUCCUCUCAGUGUCUUAGCUGUUAUAGUGGUUUUUACCUUGAUGGAUAGACUUGUGUGACAUAAUGUCCUCCAAAUAAAUAUCCAAUUUAAUCAGGAAAUAUUUGGAAGUGUGAAGCAUGUAUAAAUAAUUGCUAAACAUGCCAAUUAGACGCAACAAAUAAUUAUUAAUGUUUAACUUGUAUUGCAAAUUAUGUAUAGACUGCCUAUGAUACAUGUUCCAGUAACUGUCUACCUGGAACUUUUAAAAAUUAAUAAAAUCCUCCUUCUUGCGAUAAGUGUAGUACGAGUUGCUACGAAUGUGUGAAUGCAAACAAUAAUUGUACAAGCUGUAACACAUAAAUUACAAAAAAAUAUUUGUUUAAGAAUUAAUGCUUAAGUAGUUGUCCCAUAGGAACCUAUCCUAAUAACCUCCUAGGAACCUGCUCUCAGUGUCAUUCUAAUUGUACUUAGUGUACUGAUUAUACUGUAUGCUAAGCAUGUUAAUUAGACUUUAAAUAUUUAGUUAAUAAUUUUUGUUAUAGUACUUGCCCUAACACAACUGUAAAGAAUAGCUAAGAUCAGUGUGUGCCAUGCACUAAUAAUUGCUUAACAUGCUAACUAACAACUGAUAAUUGUACUUCGUGUAAUAGUGGAUAUUAUUUAGUAGGUUCGGUUUGUAGUGCUACAUGUCCUCUUGGUUAAGUAGGCAUAUCAGGAAUUUGCGUAUCUUGCACCCCUCCCUGUACAGCUUGUAAAAAUAUUCAAACUUCAUGCACUAAAUGUGACUAAAAUACAUAUUUAACUGGAGAUUCCUGUGUUUAAUAAGCUUAAUGUCCAUCCGGAACUUAUGGCGAUAACUCUUUGAGGUCGUGUGUGAGUUGUAAAAAUAAUUGUCUUACUUGCUCUGAUGAAAUAACUUGUAAAUCCUGCAACUAAAAUUCAUCAUUUAAUAAAUUUUAUAAUGGAUAAUGCUUGCAAGCAUGUCCUUCAUCUACUUAUUUAGAUAAUCCUACAAACAUUUGCAAACCAUGUGCUCCAGGCUGUUUGUAAUGCUCAUUGACUUCUUGUUCCUAGUGUGAUCUCAACUCAUAGUAUCCAAUUCUUAUUAAUGGCUAAUGUUUACAGAAUUGCCCGAGUAACAUUCCUAUUUAUACUAGCUAUGGAUGCUAACCAUGCUCAUCUAAAUGCCUAACUUGCUAAAAUAGUGUGGACUACUGCUUAAAGUGUUCUUCAGGUAUGUCAUCUUUGAACGGAGAUUGUCUCUCUACAUGCCCUUAAGGAUAUAUAUCUGUAUUAGGAGUUUGCUAAGAAGAAGGUACACCUGCCAGUAGCUUGAUAAUUUUACCUUUUUUUAUUGGAUCAGUUGCAAUAGCAAUGGUGCUUGCUUUUUAUUUCUAUUGGAAUAGAGAUAUGCUUUACUCUUCUAAUUUUAUAGCUGUAUUUUCUCUUUUAGAAUUAGGAGCGUGGCUCUUUUAUAUAGGUGUGUUUGCUUAAUUUAAAGGAAAUCACACAGAAACCUAGUACUCUCUUUCAAAAUCUUUAUAUGCUUUCUUGUUUGGUAUUUUGGCUUAUAUUUUAAUGAAUAUAGCAUUUUUUAUCUACUUUAGAAAAAUUGUUUUUUAAGAUACUCGCUUUAGGACUUGGCUAACAUAGAAAUCUAACAAUAGUGUUUAUAAGGGUUUAUCAUACUUUGGAUUGGUUCUUUCAUUCAAAAUGAAUAGACUUUUAUAUGGAAGAUUAUGCAGUUUAUCUUAUUUUUCAGCAGAAUUUAAUGACAAUUAGACCAUUUUCAAACCAACUAAUAUAUUUUCAGUAGCAUCUUUGAUAUUAAACAAUCUUCCUAUAUUUAUUAGUGCAUGUAUGACACUUGACACAAUUUAGGCUACUUAAAAAGACUCUUAGCUUUAUAUAAAUGGGAUAGAAGUUAUUCUUAUGAAUAUUUUUAUGUUUAUAUUAGUUUUAUUAGAUUUCCACAAGCCAUAAAACUAUUUUAAUAGGCAUAAAGUACAGAAAUCUUAGAGUCGAGUUUAUGUUGAUGAUAGUGGAUAUGGAAUGAUGGGAUUAAAUGAAAAUUAAAGUGUAGAUUAUAAACAUAUGAUGGAUAAUUACCAUUAGUUUUCAAGAAUUAAAAGUCCAACAAGUAUGGACUAGAGUGCAUUAAAUUCAGCAAAGAUUAAUUCUGGCUUAUAAACACCGUAAGGAGCUGCAAAUCCUUUUAAUUAAAAUAAGAAUAGAUCUAAAAUAUUUGAUGAAAAUGGGAAUGUAAUACAUGAAGAAGAUAAUGAUGAUGAUGAAAAUCUUGACUCAGAAGCAAAAAAUAAAAAUAAAAAAUAAAAUCAUGGAAUUGAUUCUGACUAAUAGUCAAUAGAUAUCGAAAACGUUUCUAAAGAUUUAGAAAAUACUAAGAAAAAGAUUCUUGAGUAAGAAGAUAUUUCUAAUUAAAAUAUCGGAACUAAAAAUAGUGAAUUAGGAGGUUAAGCUUCAUCUCAAGAUGGUCAAGAUAUUGAAGCACAGAAAAAUAAUAAGUUGCUAUCUUCUACAGAUACUUUUAAUGGAUAAAAUUUAAUUGCUAACAAAAUUGGAAUAGCUGCUGUUGAUAAUGAGGAUAAAAAAAGUUAAAAUUUGAAUGAAGGAGACUAAUUAAAUGAAUAAUAAAAACUAUAAAACGAGAAUGAAAACAAACAAAACAAGAAUUAACUUUCUUAAAAUGAUUAAAAUGGUUAAAUCUAGAAUAAUAAAUCAAAUGGAGAUGAAGAGAAUAAAUUAGAUUAAGCUAAUAAUAAUAAAGAUAUUGAUAAAAAUAGUUUGAAAUAAUAAGAUGCUUAAAAUUAAAUUAAAAGAGGAAGAUAAACAAACAGCAAUGCUUCUUAAAGAAAAAGCAGCAAUAUUAAAGGAGAUUAAGAUAUUUCAAAAACACUGAAGUCAUAAAAAUCAAGUAGCUCAAUCAAAAAUAAUUCUCCUGCUAAAAGGAACAAAAGUCUUUAAAGUCAACCUGACUAAGAUCCUGAAAAGAGCAAUUUGGAAAACGCAAAUGCUUCCUCUAAAUCUAUUCAGAGAUCAAGCUCAGCAAAAAAACCACUAGAUAAAAAUGAUGAAGGCUUUAUGAGCGGUAAGGAAUGUCAUCAUCUUUUAAGAGUUUACGAAAGAAGCACGUCUUAAGCUUCAAAAUCUAAAAAUGGGUAGCAAAGCCCCUCAAGAAAAUAAAGCCUAAAUAAUAGCCAAUUUUAGGCAUCUUCAAGGAAUCCUAGAGAUACUAUUGCAGGUUCAAAAAAUAAAAAAAUGAAAAAUCAGAAGAGUUUAAAGGAGGGAGAAAAUGAUUACGAAUAGAAUGAUUCAAAUAACACCAACUAGGAUGGAAACUAUAAUCCAAUGAUUUUUACUUAUUAAAAAUAAAGAAGCUAGCUAGAUAGCUCUAAUGCAUCUAACAUGAUAUUAAGUCCUUCGAAUGACAGUAAUUUAUAAAACUAAGAUGAUUAGAGAAAGUCACAUAACGCUCAAAUAGAAAAUUAAUUAGAUAAUAAAAAUUUAAACAACAACACAUCUCUAAAUAAAUUAAAAAGAUAAAUCAAUUAGAGUAGCUCAAAUUUAAUAGAAAAUCAAUAAUAAAAUUCAAAAAGUUAGAAUCUAUUUGAUGCUCCUGAUAAGAACUAAAAUGAUAAUACCAAAAAUAAUAAUAAUUUAUUUGAAAACUCUAGCAACAUUGUAACGAGUUAAAUUAUAGACUAAGAUGAAGAAGCAAACCAAAUUUAAGGUAAAAAUUUGUAAAAUCCCUUAGAAAACACUAAAUAAAUUACAUAAACCACAAAUUAGUAAGAAUAAUCAAUUUAGCAAUAAUAACAAUUUAAAGACCCUCAAAGUUAAAAAGAAGGCAUUCUGAGCUUUUAAAACCAAAUUAAUAAUCAGAAACCUUUCACACCAGGAUAAGAAAUUCCAGUUGAUUUAGAAGAGGAGGAUGACAGUAGUGCUGAUGGUGGAUUAUUUAAUUAAGAUUAAAAGAAAAAGAGGAAAAUAGAUCCUGAAGAUGUUGGUGAAUACUUUAAUGAAUCAUAAGGAUCUAUGGUGCAAGAUACACCAUCUAAUUAUAAUGAGUAGAAUAUGAGGUUUGCUAUAACUAAUUAAGGAAUUAUAGAUGCUCAUAUGAAAUUAAAGAAAAGAAAUGAAGAAAUAGUUAUUCCAAUUCAAUCUUAACUUAAUAAUAAUACAUAAGAAUCUUAAGAGAGCAAUAAUAAUUUAGAAAAAUAUAAAAAGAAAAAUCCUUCCAAAAAGAAUGGAUUAAAUAAAACUAAAAAAAAUUCUUAGAAAGCAGUUAAAUAAAUAAAAAAAGGCCCAAGUACAAUAGAAUACAGUGAAAAUAAUGUUAUAAAUAUGUAAGAAAAUGAAAAUAAUAUCUAUAAAACAAUAGAUUAAGGUUAGCUGAAUAAAGAUUUAUAGAAAUAUAAAAAUACUUAAUCUAGCAGUAAUUCUAUAAACAAUAAUGGUAAAUUUUAGCUGAACUCAUUAGACCCAAGAACUUUAUCUCCCAAAGUAGUCAGGAACGCUUUAAAAAAUAACUUUAAUAAAUAAAAUAGUAAUAAUAAUUUCAUGGCAGAAAACAGCAAUUUAACUUCUCCAGAUCAAUAAAUUCAUAUUAACUAUAAUGAUGAAGAGCCAGAAGAAAUAUCAUAUAGAUAAAAAUAGAAUAAGUUUGAAAGCUAAACUAUCAAUGUAUUUAUGAAAAAUGGAUAGCAAUCUCCAUCAAAUACAAUAGGAGGAGCGAGUGAUCUUAAGAAAAAGCCAUCUCUUAGAAAAAAUGUCUCAAAGAGUUUAAAAAGAAGCACAAAAUAACUAGAAGAUAAUACUAUUGAUUAUGGAGAUAACAAUCAUAACAAUCUUUAUGACAUUCAUUUUCCUGCAGUUGAAAAUAAUAUCUAAGAAUUUUCUGAUUUUAAUUCCAUAGAUUACAAUGAUAUAUAAGGAUAGAAUUCAUAGUAUGAUUCAGAUAAUUUUAGGCUUCCCUCAUUACCUAAAACUAAUCCUAGAAUGGCUGAUCUUGAAAAGAUAUAUUUAUAAAGAUUGGAGAGUCUACCUAAAAGUAAAAUUAAUAAUCAUACUACAAAUUAACCUCGCCAUAAAAGUUUGCAAAAACCAAGAGGCAGCAAUAAAAACUAAAUAGAUUAAGAUUACAAUGAUCUAUGA